AUGGACAUCAGCCGUGGCUACACCGAUUCCCUGGGUCGGAAGAGAAGAGUUGGCGGCACUGAUCUUACAGCCACUGGUGUUUACCCCGGGACGAUGGCUAUGAAAGUUGCAGGCCUUCUUCAGAAGCACUUGGCAAAUGCACCAAGCACACAUGCUCAAGACGAACAGGACAUGGAAUUGUUUGACACGGAGGGUGAUGAUAAAUCUGAUUCCGGCCUCGAAGAUGUCGUCGGCUGCAAUCAUAUCUCGCCGCCACCAGCAGAGUAUGAUCGGCUGCUAGAAAAGAAGACCGGGUGGUCAAAGGGCAAGGUUGGCAAGGGAGCAGCCACUAGUGGGCCGGAUGGUGGCAAGGAGGCUCCAGAUCUGCACUUGUCCAUCGAGAAAGCACCCCGUACUUACGAGUAUGUCGGGCGAGUACCCAGCCCGAGCCCCGGCAAGAAUGGAGGAAAAGGCCCCAAAGGAAAAGAUGGUGCUGCAACUAAGGGCAAGGAGAAGGGGAAAGGUAAGCCAUCGUCCAACGGCCUUGGCGGGAGCGCUCCCGAGUGCCGCACUCCGACCCCUAAGAAGCACGAUCCGGGUGCCCAGAGUACGGGCAGCCCUCCGAGCAGGCCGACCAAGGGCGCAAAGGGUGCCAGUCAGUCUGACGAUCAUAGCUCGAAGAGUGUUGUGGGGCAACCUGGCAAAGGCAAGGCCAGCAAAGGGGCGGCUGGUGCCUUGGAUCCGGCAGGCAAGCCGGGCACGAAUGGUGGUCUGGAGCCCAGCAGCAAGGGCACCGCUCAAAGUGGCAACGGCUCUAAGGGUGCUAAAGGCAUCAAGGGCGCCGAUCAGAGUGCCAAAGGCCCUAAGGGUGAGGCCAGCAAAGGCAGCAGCAAUGGUGCCGAUCACAAUGGCAAAGCCGUGAAGGGUGCUGUGGAUGCCAGCAAGGUUGCCGAUCAGAGUGGCAAGAUCGCGAAGGGUGCCGUGAAAGGCAGCAAGGGCGCCGAUCAGAUUGGCAAAGGCCCUAAGGGUGAGGCUAGCAAAGGCAGCAAAGGCGCCGAUCAGAGUGGCAAGGGUGUGCCUAGCAAAGGCAGCAAGGACGCCGAUCAGAGUGGCAAGGGUGUGGCUAGCAAAGGCAGCAAGGACGCCGAUCAGAGUGGCAAAGGACCCCAGGGAGCUAGCAAAGGCAGCAAGGACACCGAUCAGAGUGGCAAAGGACCCCAGGGAGCUAGCAAAGGCAGCAAGGGCACCGAUCAGAGUGGCAAAGGACCCCAGGGAGCUAGCAAAGGCAGCAAGGGCACCGAUCAGAGUAGCAAGGGCACCAAAGGUGCCAAGGGAGCUCAGGUUGGCAACAGGGACAUGAUCGUUGAUCACAAUGGCAAGAGAAAGGGCGAGAGAACAGAUCAACUCGAUCGCAAUGUGUGUCGACGUGUGUCUUUCGGAUCAGGCCUACGCAAAGGACUAGUGGCCCAGUGGGCUGCCACGCCUCCGGGUUCGAUGGCCCGGUUCGAGUUCCUCAAGGCAUUCUUGUUGGACAAGGACAACCUAGCCACAAUAGCGGUGGAGCCUUACUAUGAGGAGCUAUCAGAAAGCAAAGAGAAGGAGCAGUUUACCGAACUGCCACUUUGUCUGAUUCGGCAGAAGUACGAUGGUGUCGCGGGCGGCAAAGCAUUCGUGGACAAUCUGAUUGCGAGCCAGACUGGAAAAAAACAUCCCCAGUCGGACGACAAAGAGAUGAGAUUGUACAAGAUUUUCGACAGCAUCACGGUACGCGAUUUGUCGGACAAAGCCGUCGUGGUGGCAUCUGGGCUUGGAUCCUGUGGACUCGCCAAUCAGGAGGGCUUGAUUGCCCAGCUGGGGACGAUCGCUACGGAGUGCACGAAGAUUCAGCAGCUCGUGUUCGACGCGAAGCCAUUUGACGAAUGCCUCGGGUGCUUGAAUUACUACAAGAACGAGAUCCUUCACGAUUACCAGCGACAAGUCACUGAUGCCGAAGGAGUCUGGCAGGGCCAGGAACGCAAAGCUGCACAGAAGAGAAAGCUUGAGAAAGCAGAGGAGAAGAAGAAAAAGAAAGCAAAGGAAGAAGGAGAAGAUGAAGAUGCAGAGGUUCAUGAAGAUGGUUGGGAGGAGCAGCCCGAUCAUGAUGAAGAUGGCGAAGAGGACGAGUGGGAGGAGGAAUGCGCUGCUAAGUAA